AUGCGUUUUCGUGCUAAUAAAUAUGGACGUCUUAAAACCAAAUGUUUAAAUCCUAAUAAAUAUCAACCAAAUUAUUCAUUGUCCAAUAAUCGUUUACAUUUAUGCAAUAAAUUGAAUCAAUUCAAUUCAUUAAUGACCAAUUCUGCAUUAAAAUCGAUACGUAGAUCUACACAAAAUUUCCCCAAUUCACAUUGGUCCAAUCUAUCGUUGGGAUCACAAUUGACAACGUCAUCAUCGUCAUGCUCACCACCACUGCCGCCAAUAUCAACAUCAUUCAUUGAUCAAAAUUUAAAAUCGAAUUUCUUAACUGAUCUACAAUUCCCUAGAUCAAAUAAUUUAAAUAACCAUACGAAUGGAUUACUCUCAUCGUCUGUUGUAUCAAACUCCCGUGGAAGUCAUCAACAUCAUCAUAGUAGCAAUAACAAUAAUCAUAAUAAUAAUAAUAGUAAUAAUAAUAAUCUAAUUGAUCGUCCAGUAGUGGUAUUAAAUCCUGAUGAACCACGUGAAAUAUUUAUUGGCGGUGUACAAUCUGUUGCAUUACCAUUAUGGGCAUAUUGUAAAUGUUUAACAAUGGUACGUGGUGAACCGCAUGAAUUAGGACCACGUUUAUGUUUACGCCUAUUGCAAAGUUUAUUCAGUUUGCAUUAUUUAGUCACGCAUAAUUAUAAUGGUUCCGGUGGAAAAGCUCCAAUUGAUCCAAUUGUGAUGAGUGCUGUAUUACGUCAAGCUCAAUUACAAUUUGGUUCAGGAUAUUUUUUCACUGAACCAAUGGCAUUAGGUAAAUUAAGAGAUUAUUUAAAUAAUGCAUUUCGUGUAAUGGCAUUUAGACAACGUAAAGGUGAACGUGUACGAUCACCAUUUUGGAAUGAAAAAGGUGAACCAAUACAUGAUUUAGAAGCACCAGUGGAAUUUUCAAAUAUUACUGAUAUUAUUGUUAUACCAUAUUCAACUAAUGUUACUAAUACUACUAAUAGUAGUAUUAGUAGUAGUAAUAGUAAUAGUAGUGUGAUUACAACUACAACAACCAUGUCCACAACACCAACAUCAACAACACCGACAACAUUCUCAAAUGAAUCGGAUUUAUGCUUGAAUUCAAGAUGUAUAGAUUAA